AUGUUACUCUUAAUAGCGCUGUCUGGAAUUGCGAGGCGCUUCUGUAGUGACCAGAAGCUAUUCGCAGUACCGAGCACGUAUGUUGCAGGCCUCUGGAGAAAUAACCUCGAAAGUCAGCUUCUUUGGCAAGUGAACGAGCUUUAUCGGGAUGGUGUUUUCGAGAACCCUGGAAGACGCGACGCAACUCGAGCGCCUUCAUUUUCAUGGGCAUCAAUCGAUACCCCCCACGGAAUCACCUAUCCCGAUAUCACAGACUAUGGGGCUGCAAGAGCAAACGAGAUGCGUGACCGGGAUCAGGGCGAAAGGGAAAACUCGUAUCCAGAGGAAGAGCUAAUGCUCGAAGUACUUGACCAUCAUAUCAUCCUCUCGGACGAGGACAAUGAGUAUGGCAUGGUAGAACAGGGAAGAUUGUUGCUCAAACCACGCUAUCUUAGGGCUAUUAAGCUCCGGAGGCUUCACCCGCUGUUCCGAGUCGGGUACAGCUGGGGACUGGAGCAAGAUGAAAUCAAGCCUGACAUGUCGCAACAAGAUUCCAAAAGGUCUGCACAUCAUCUCGAACACGCCAAUCUCUAUCUGGACGCCCCGGAAUCUGAUGUCGAUAUCUUCCGCGACGAUGCAAAACUAUACUGCAUGCCCGUUGCGUAUGGUGAGCGGACAGUACGGAAAGCAUUCCGUUAUUUGUACUGCUUGUUACUCAAGUACGAAGGGCCGACAGAUUUCGGUUCCAAGGGCGGUGAUCCAGGCGUGAAAGGGCAUCUGUCGGUGACAAUACAGUAUCCCAUGUUUAGGCGCAUUGGCAUAACAAAGUUGUCUAACCAUUUGGACGAAAAGGGCCAAGAGGCUUUGAUGUCGGAGGAAUACAACCAGGUAAUUGCUUUGUGUUGA